CGUACCUGCUGAGUGAGAUCCCCAAGCUGUUGGAGCUCCCUCUGCGGUCCAGCAGGUGGCGGUAGCUGACCGUGGUUUGGAGCUGCGCCGCAGAGCCUACAGAAGAAGGAGGAGCGCUGUCAUGGCGGCCAAGGUGGUGAUUCUGGCCGUCCCGGCGGUGAUGGGCAUAGCCUCCAUCCGUGUGUAUACUUUGAGCGAAGUGCACACUGAUGGACUGUUAACUCGAGAAAAGCUGAACAUCUACACCCCGCUGCCACCUUCGGCUCAGGCCCAGUUUGUUCCAGAGAGGCCUGGUGUUAUUCAGAAAGGGUUAACCACAGCGAGAGAGGGCAUACUACCAAUCGUCCUGGCUGUUAAGGGUGCCUGUGUUUCUGUGAAAACAAGAAGUGUAAAUCUAUACCAUGCAGGAGAGGAUGUGUACUAUUACUUGAAAGACCCUCCCCCGGGGUUUCUACCGAGAUUUGGCACCAUCACCAUGGCCGGCCUGCUUGGCAUGUUCUUGGCACGGAAAGGCUCUCAUUUCAAGAAGACGGCCGUUCCACUGGGCCUGAUGAGUGCCGGAGCGUCAGUGUGCUACCCGGCUCAAACAGUGGCUGUGCUAAAGGUGACGGGUAAGAAGGUGUAUGCUGUAGGUCAUUGGAGCAGCGCCACAGUGUCUUCACUGUUCGCCUCAAAGCCCCAGGAGCCGCUCGCCAAAGAGAUUGCUGCUUCACAACCGCAGACAACUACAGUGCCAAAUCCAGAGUCAGCAGCCCGGAGCUCCACAAUCACAGAGGCAGAGGUGGAAUCAGCUGAGUCUGUUCCUGUCUCUGAUGAGCCCGCUGUCAUAAGAGAAGAGGUGUCAUCAGUAACACUCACAGAGAUUUCACUCGACCAGACCUCCACAGAGACCAACGCAGAUCCUGUGGCACAUUCAGUGCCAGCAGAGACGGAGGCCACCACAACCUCUGAGGAAAUACCUGCACCUGUUGCAAGUGAGGAGCCUUCAGACACAAAACAAGCAGCAGAGGAUGUGUCCACUGACGUCGCCAGCCCAGCCGAGCCCACUGCAAGCGAAGAAGCGGAGACGGUAGAGUCUGCCCCAAUGGAGGCCAAUCCAGCCGAGGCUGCUCUAAUAGAGGCCGCUCCUGUGGAGGCUACCCUGGCCGAGUCUGCCCCUGUGGAGGCUACCCUGGCCAAGUCUGCCUCAGCCGAGUCUGCCCCUGUGGAGGCUGCCCCUGCCGAGUCUGCCCCUGUGGAGGCUGCCCCAGCCGAGUCUGCCCCAGCCGAGUCUGUCCCUGCAGAGUCUGCCCCUGUGGAUGUGGCCCCUGUGGAUGUGGCCCCUGUGGAUGUGGCCCCUGUGGAUGUGGCCCCAAUCGAGUCUGACACAGUCGAGGCUGCCCCAGUCGAGGCUGCCCCUGUGGAGGCUGCCCCAGUCGAGGCUGCCCCAGUCGAGGCUGCCCCAGUCGAGGCUGCCCCAGUCGAGUCCAUCCCUUCCUCUGAAGAACCACCUGCUCUUACGGCCUUAGAUGACCCAACAGAGCCAGUUGUCGAAUCGGCUGAGCCAGAACUUGCUGCUCAACCUGAGCUGGCUGACCCGCCACAAGUUGCUGCUGUGGAGGAGACACUCGUACCACCUUCUCAACAGCCUGCAGCUGAAAACAGCAAAGGGGGCUCCAGCUUCCAGCCAGACCCUGCUCUGAUGGACUUCGGUCAGUCCAGCCCCGAGGAUGAAGACCUGUACAGCACACGCAGCUGAGAGAGCACAGCAGGAGAAACCUCGAUCCCACACUGCCAUCUCAUUCAGAUCCACUGAUCUCUGUAUAAUUAUGCAUUAUGUAAAUAGGUCAUUUUGCAAGCAAGCAAGAGUUAGAAAGUCUUGCAUCAUCAUUUCCACUCUCAUUUCUCUGGCCCACAUCAUUCAUAUUUCCACAGAAAAGAUCCAAGUACAUAUGCUUUAUUGCAGCAAAGCAGCAGUUCCCGUACACAGUCGGUUUGCAUAGAAAGAAACACAGAAAAAAAACACCCACAACAGGUCUUGUUAUCCACAGAUGGCAGAUUGUGAUUUGUUUUGUGUCAUUUAACAAUUAUUAGCUUUUGUGCAACAGCUUUCACAAUCAUGAGUGCAUGGUGUUUUAUUUAUUGUAAUUUAGCCCACUGCGUUAGUUUGCUGAAAACACUUCACAUGUGCUGGUAAUGGUUACAGGAGGGACUAGUGCUGUUCAUUUUCUUACAUCAAAGAAUAUCUUCAGUUGUUAAGCAAAAAUAAAUAUAUUUUUCAUGAU